UGCGACGAGUACGGCAUCAGAGAUACUGACACUUGGGGGGGGCCGCGCUGUAGCUUGGUUGGUUACCUGUUCGCCAGGGAAAAGUGAACAACUUUUGUGUGUUUUCCGCGUCUAACCCAGCCGUGCGCACGCCCCCCAGGCCUACACUCGUACGCUUUCGAUUGUAUCACGCAUCACCUCUUCCACCCCAACGGGACAGACUCGCUGCUGAACAGCAAGGACGAGGAGAUCAUGCGCGAGGUAACCUUUGACGACAGCCUGCAGAACCGCUUGUUCCAACACUACUGGCCGACCGCACACAAGCUGUUUGGCAGCAUCCUGUACCGUUUCGCGAAGCCGCGGGAGACGCCGCUGGCCGACGGCUUCGUGGUCGACACGUGUGCGCGGACCGACGCGGCGCCAUUCACGCUGCUCAACCGCCUGAAGGGGCCCAGCUCGGGCCUCGACGACCUGGACGUCGCAGCCGAGUGCCUCGACCACAUGGCCGCCGGCAUCGACACCACCGGCGACGCCCUGUGCUUCCUCAUGUGGGAGCUCUCCCAGCCGUCGUCGAUGCACCGCCAGAGGAAGCUGCAGGAGGAGCUCGCCACCGCCGCCGCCGCGUCCUCUUCCUCCUCGCAUCAUCCGGGCGCAGGCGCGGGCGCGAGCCUCGACCGGCUGCCAUACCUCGACGCCGUCGUCAUGGAGGGCCUGCGCUGCUUCCCAGCCAUCCCCAUGUCCCUGCCGCGCUCCGUGCCCGCCGGCGGCCGCACCGUCGACGGCUUCUUCCUGCCCGCCGGCACCACCGUCAGCUGCCAGGCCUACUCGGUCCACAGGAUCGACCAGUCCGUCUUCCCCCGCCCGGAUGCCUUCGAGCCCGAGCGCUGGCUCGAGCCCGAGGGCGACGCCGAGAGGAGACGGCUCUUCUUUGCCUUUGCCAAUGGCGGGAGGGGCUGUGUUGGCAAGCACCUGGCACUCGCCGAGAUGAAGAUGCUGCUCCGGGCCGUCUACUCCACCUUUACUACGCUUCCCGACCCGAGCAUGACGGCCGAAGAAAUGGACAUGUCGGAUCAGCUGAUCUCGUCGCGCCCGGCCGGUCAACGGUGCCUGCUGCGCUUUGUUCCCUUGGAUGCAGCGGGUGGAAAGUCUGGAAAAGCAUGAGCCCAGACCGACAGCUACUGCUGUAAUUCAGGCCCUGCCAGCUGGUCAACAACUGAGGCGGUCACAGCAACCUCAAUAUUAGCACUCCUCCCUCCCUGCAGUGGUGCCCUGUCACAACCCCCGCGGGCGCCGGACCGGCCGGCUUCUCCCGUGAUUUUGCUUUUUGCCGGCCUGGAACCCGAGUCGAACCUCGCCCGACCAGUAACUUAUUUUUAAACCGAAUGCAUAUCUGGCCCAACCGAGCCUAACAGGUGGUGCUCAAAUCGUGAG